ACGAAACAACAAACACUCGACAGCGAGCGAGCGAGAGAAUGCCGCCGCUCCGCCUCCUCAUCCUCCUCCUGCUCUGCGUUCUCCAACCAUCCUCCGCCAGAGCGCCGCCGCCGGACGGUCAGGCUGCGGCAGACGAGCGGGUGGCCCUCCUUUCCCUUAAGUCCGCCCUCUCCGACCCCGGCGCCGCCCUCGCUGGCUGGAACGCCUCCGCCAACCCCGACCACUGCUCCUGGCCCGGCGUCGCCUGCGACGACGCUCCUCUCCGCCGCGUCAUUGCCCUCGACCUCUCCGGGCUCAACCUCUCCGGUUCCCUACCCCCGGCCGUCGCCCACCUCCGCCACCUCCUCAACCUCUCCACCGCCGCCAACCUCCUCUCCGGGCCCAUCCCUCUGGACCUCUCCCUCCUCUCCGAUCUCCGCUACCUCAACCUCUCCAAUAACGUCUUCAAUGGCAGCUUCCCCUCCGCCCUCCGCCGCCUCAAAAACCUCGAGGUCCUCGACCUCUACAACAACAACCUCACCGGCAUCCUCCCGGCGGAGGUCGCCGACCUUCACAACCUCCGCCACCUCCACCUCGGCGGCAACUUCUUCUCCGGCGUCAUCCCCCGGGAGUACGGCCGCUGGGAGCAUCUCGAAUACCUCGCCGUCUCCGGCAACGAGCUCAGCGGCGCCAUCCCACCGGAGAUCGGCAACCUCACCCGCCUACGCCAGCUCUACGUCGGCUACUUCAACAGCUACGACGGCGGUAUCCCGCCGGAGAUCGGCCACCUCUCCGCCCUCGUCCGCUUCGACGCUGCCAACUGCGGCCUCUCCGGCCAGAUCCCGCCAGAGCUCGGCCACCUCGAGCAUCUCGACACCCUCUUCCUCCAGGUGAACGGCCUCUCCGGCGAGCUUCCGCCGGAGCUCGGCCGGCUUCGGAGCCUCAAGUCCAUGGAUCUCUCAAACAACGCCCUAACCGGCGAGAUCCCACCGACCUUCGCGGACCUCCGGAAUCUCACUCUGUUGAACCUAUUCCGGAACAAGCUCUACGGAACGAUCCCGGACUUCAUCGGAGACCUGCCAGAAUUGGAAGUUCUCCAGCUGUGGGACAACAACUUCACCGGCAUCAUCCCCCGGGGAAUCGGCCGGAGCGGCAAGCUCCAGCUCCUCGAUCUAUCAUCCAACAAGCUCACCGGCGACCUCCCGCCGGAGCUCUGCUCCGGCAACAAGCUCCAGACCCUGAUCGCUCUCGCCAAUGCUCUCUUCGGCCCGAUCCCGCAGUCCCUCGGCGAGUGCUUGUCCCUCAGCAGGGUCAGAUUGGGGGAGAACUACCUCAAUGGAUCGAUUCCUCGCGGUCUAUUUAGCUUGCCCAAUCUCGCCCAGGUCGAGCUCCAGGACAACCUGCUCGCCGGCGAGUUCCCGGAUACCGGGGACGUCUCGAUUUCGCUGGGCCUCGGCCAGAUCAGCCUCUCCAACAACCGUCUCUCUGGUCCCCUUCCGCCAUCCAUCGGCAACUUCUCCGGCGUCCAGAAGCUCCUUCUCAACCAGAACCAGUUCUCCGGUCGAAUCCCGCCGGAGAUUGGCCGGCUGCAGCAGCUCUCCAAGGUGGACUUCAGCAGCAACCGCUUCUCCAGUGGAAUCCCUCCGGAGAUCAGUAAAUGCAAGCUUCUGACCUUCGUCGAUCUCAGCCGGAAUAAUCUCUCCGGCGAUAUCCCUGCGGAGAUCGCCGGAAUGCGGAUCUUGAACUACCUCAACUUAUCGAGAAACCACCUUGAAGGGAGUAUCCCACCGUCCAUCUCCACGAUGCAGAGCCUCACCGCCGUCGAUUUCUCCUACAACAAUCUUUCCGGCCUGGUCCCGGGCACCGGCCAGUUCAGCUACUUCAAUGCCAGUUCCUUUGUCGGUAAUACUAACCUCUGCGGGCCCUACCUCGGCCCGUGCCGUUCCGCCGGCGCCGACGGCGGCGCCGGUUCUGCCCAUGCCCGAGGCCCCCUCUCGGCCUCCUUCAGGCUUCUAUUGGUCAUUGUCCUCCUGCUCUGUUCUAUCGCCUUUGCCGUUGCCGCGAUCAUCAAAGCUCGGUCUUUGAAGAAGGCGAGCGAGGCCCGGGCAUGGAAGCUCACCGCCUUCCAGCGUCUGGACUUCACCUGCGACCAUGUGCUUGAUUGCUUGAAGGAAGAGAACAUUAUUGGAAAAGGAGGGGCGGGGAUCGUGUACAAGGGUGUGAUGCCUAAUGGCGAACAGGUUGCGGUCAAGAGGCUACUGGCGAUGAGCCGGGGGUCGUCGCAUGACCAUGGAUUCUCGGCGGAGAUUCAGACUCUUGGAAGGAUUCGGCAUCGCCAUAUCGUGAGACUGCUUGGCUUCUGUUCCAACCAUGAAACCAAUCUUCUGGUAUAUGAGUACAUGCCCAAUGGGAGCCUUGGGGAGGUCCUCCAUGGCAAGAAGGGGGGCCAUUUGCAUUGGGACACGAGGUAUAAGAUCGCGGUGGAGGCGGCGAAGGGCCUCUGCUAUCUCCACCAUGACUGCUCCCCGUUGAUCCUUCACCGUGACGUGAAGUCCAACAACAUCCUUCUCGAUUCCAACUUUGAAGCGCAUGUCGCUGACUUCGGGCUUGCCAAGUUCUUGCAGGAUUCCGGUACCUCCGAAUGCAUGUCCGCUAUAGCUGGCUCCUAUGGCUACAUUGCUCCAGAAUAUGCAUACACUCUGAAGGUGGACGAGAAGAGCGAUGUCUAUAGCUUCGGAGUGGUACUUCUAGAGCUGGUGACCGGAAGGAAGCCGGUGGGGGAAUUUGGCGAUGGCGUCGACAUUGUCCAAUGGGUUAGAAAGAUGACAGAUUCAAAGAAGGAAGGAGUACUAAGUGUCUUAGACCCAAGGCUUCCUUCCGUUCCUCUGCACGAAGCCAUGCAUGUGUUCUACGUUGCAAUGCUCUGCGUGGAGGAACAGAGCAUCGAGCGCCCAACCAUGAGGGAAGUCGUCCAGAUUUUAACGGAGCUUCCGAGGCCACCUACAAAGCAGGGCGAGGACUCUCCACCGCCGCCACCGCCGCCACCCCCCGCCACCACCACCACCACCACCGGCCGGCGGUGAAACACCCAUGAAGGAAUCCAAACCACAGCCUCAGUUGUCACCACCUGAUCUACUUAGCAUUUGAAAUGCUGGGUUCUAAACUCCAGAGUUGUAAUGGGUUCUCUUGCUUUCAGUGCCUUGAUGGUACUAUUUUGUUUGUUUUGGUAUAUGGGUUAAGGGGUUCAGUUCUGUUUGGAAGUUUGUACAGCUAAAUUGGUGGGGUGUAGGAAUUUGGGCUUGUAGUUGUUGUUCCUGUUCUAAUAUAUGGAAUCUGGCUCUGUAUCCAAUAUAUAACAUC